UAAGACAAGCGGCGUGCAGGUUUGAAUGACAGCAAAGACAUCCAAAGGAUUACACGAACAAAUAAUGUAAUUGCAGCAACUACUGCGAUCGUACUGACGAUGGCGAUGAUGCUGAUGCUGAUGAUGGUGAUAGCGGCCGAGCUCGCUAUAAAGCGCAGCAGCGCUUCAGAUGAGCGUCGCAGAUUCCCUUCCCCCACCUAAGCCUCCCCUGCCACCGCCGCCCCCUCGCGCAGACCAAUUUGUUAUCCCAAUUAGACACUCCCCUCCCGCCCGCAAAAGUAUCGUUCAAUCAUUUAUUAUAGGGAGAUGAAUCGGGGUUUAUAGAUACAUUUCUCCCUGGCUCGCAACGCGCUGUGUUCGCUCGCCCAACUCUGUGACCGCCGUCAAGUUGAACGUUCACGAUUAUUUUCACCGCCCGUCCGUCUGUCUGGCUAACGGGGGAUCAUUCCCACGAUUGUUUUUUUGCGCUUUCCCGAUAGCCCAGUCAACUCAUCCAUCUCGCCGUCUCUCACGGUGCUAUCUUUACUCCUUUUUUUCAGACGUGACCUAUCACACAGGGAAAAGUAAAAAAAAAAUUCCCAGAAUUUCAAUAAAUUCACUCACAAUCCCACUCGAUUAGCUAACUGUUAAGGAACUCAGCGACACACAGCGUGAAUAUCACUCAACUAAAGCGACACCUUCUUUAGACAUUCAUAGUUUAUCACUUCCAACUAGAGUUACUCUUUAAUCACCCUCGAACUCCCUGUCUCACACGCUCAUUACAUUUCUUGACCCUGUGGCACAAACACACACACACACUCCAAUUAACUCUGACACACACUCACUCUCUCUGACACAUUCCUCACACUCUGUCAAUCUCGCUCACUCCACUACACACAUCGCUCACUCCACCGCUCUGAACAUCGCCAUCAUCCCACGAACGUCAUGGCAAUCAAUCCCACGCUGCUGCGCAUCCGGCUGCCGGCGCUUGCGAUCUUCCUGCAGAUCGCCAUGAUCAUCCUCUUCGGGGUCUUCAUCCGCUACGACGAGAACGCCGAUCCCAUCCUCAGCACCGAGCACAACCUCACAGGAGACCGUAUCAUCCAGAACGAGUUCUACUUCCGAUACCCAAGUUUCCAGGACGUGCACGUGAUGAUCUUCAUUGGGUUCGGCUUCCUCAUGACCUUCCUCAAGCGCUACGGCUUCAGCAGCGUGGGCUUCAACUUCAUGCUCGCCGCCUUCGGCAUCCAGUGGGCCACGCUCAUGCAGGGCUGGUUCGAGCACCUAGAUUCGGACGGCAAGAUCCGAGUCGGAGUCAUCAACAUGAUCAACGCGGACUUCUGCACGGCGUCCGUGCUGAUCGCGUUCGGGGCCGUGCUGGGUAAGACCAGCCCGGUGCAGAUGCUCUUCAUGGCCAUCAUCCAAGUCACCCUUUUCGCCGUCAACGAGUUCAUCAUCCUGCACCCGCUCCACUGCAACGAUGCCGGCGGCUCGAUGACCAUCCACACGUUCGGCUGCUACUUCGGACUCGCCGUGUCGCGCGUGCUCUACCGCCCGGGACUCAAGGACGGGCACUCCAAGAACGGCUCCGUCUACCACUCGGACUUAUUUGCGAUGAUCGGCACUCUCUACCUGUGGAUGUACUGGCCGAGCUUCAACUCGGCGAUCUCGGUGACGGGUACCGACCAGCACCGUGCGGCCAUCAACACCUACUACGCACUGACGGCAUGCGUCUUGGCCUCCGUGGCCAUGUCGAGCCUCCUGGACAAGCGCGGGCGGCUCGACAUGGUCCACAUCCAAAAUGCGACGCUGGCGGGGGGAGUGGCGAUGGGUACGUCCGGGGAAAUGAUGAUCACGGCAUACGGAGCUCUAAUCGUGGGCUUCGUCACCGGCAUCGUCUCCACAUUGGGCUUCAAGUAUCUCUCUCCCUUCAUGGCCUCUAAGCUGAAGAUACAGGACACGUGCGGGAUCCACAACCUGCACGGCAUGCCAGGGAUCAUCGGGGGCAUCACCGGAGCCAUCACGGCCGCCACCGCGCCGACCAGCGGCACCUAUGGCGAGCGGCUCACGGAGACGUUUUCCGUCCUGACCAAGCAGCCCGAGAGGCUGCUGGGUGGCUUCCAAAUGGCCGGCACCCUCGUGGCCAUCGCGAUGGGGAUCGUGGGAGGAACAAUCGUGGGGUUCAUCCUGAAGCUGCCGAUCUGGGACUACCCAGAAGACGAGGAGUGCUAUGAGGAUGAGCACUACUGGGAGGUGCCAGAGAGCGACGAGGAGUCGGCGCCGGCGGUGUCGCCGCAGCCGCAACCCAAGCACAACAACGAGCAGGACUUCAACAUGACAAUCGAAAACGCCAAGGCGGCCGCGUAGCGUGUGGUGGGAAGGGGGCGGGCGGGGGGUGGUGGUGUAGGUGCUGAUCAACAACCCCAGAGUGGCCCUCUACCGACACAGAUCGCCAUCCUCCUCCUCCUCCUCCUCCACCGCCACCACCACGCGCGCGCGUGCGGCGCUGGCACGGCGCAGCGCAUCACGCGCGAGCACGGCCUUGGCACGUGCCGCUCAAGGCUUCCCGGCUCCACGAUAAAGACGCGAGCCGGGUGGCACGUGAACUGCUAAGACCGAGACUGGAGGUCUUCUUCUGCUGCUUCUUCUUCUUCCUCCUCAUCAACAUCAUCACAAUUCUGGCGAAUCGCUCCGACGAAGCCGGCUGUCGAUGUUGUAAUCGCCAGCGAAACGUCACAGUUCUCGAAUUGUAAAUGCGGUGGGUUCACUCUCCAACGC